AUGGGCCUCACCCAUGAAGAGACCGACUUCUACGAGAAUUUCCCCGAGGAUCAGAGAAAGGCCAUGAUCAGGAAAGUCGACUUGAGACUUGUCCCUGUUCUUGCUGUACUCUACCUGUUCUCUCACAUUGACAGAGCCAACAUCGGCAAUGCCAAGAUUGAGGGCAUGAUGGAGGAUCUUGGCAUGUCUGGCAUUCAGUACAACAUCGUUCUGUCCAUCUUCUUCAUUCCAUACAUUCUGCUGGAGGUACCCUCCAAUGUCCUGCUCAAGAAGUUCAAGCGCCCUUCUCACUACAUCGGCAUGCUCGUCGUCAGUUGGGGUACCAUCAUGACCCUCACUGGUCUUGUCAAGAACUUUGCCGGUCUUAUGGUCUGCAGAGUGCUUUUAGGCAUUGCGGAAGCAGGCUUCUUCCCAGGCGCCGUGUACCUGAUCACUCAUUGGUAUGCACAGAGACAAGUCCAAACUCGUCUUGCGCUUUUCUACUGUGCUUCCGCUCUUUCUGGUGCCUGUUCAGGUCUUUUGGCUUUCGCUAUCUCAAAGAUGGACGGUCUCGGUGGCAGACCUGGUGUUCAAAUACAAGCUGUAGAUGAUGGGCCACGCCGAACUUUGUACAUAUGA